CCGGAUUUAAAUGACAGAAUGCAAAACCUUGAAAACGAAAAUCAGAGCUUAUCAACGGCAUUAACACUCUUGCAACACGAAUUAGAUAAUACUCAACAACAUAAAUGGAAAGUUGUAAAGGCGAAGUAUAAUAAACCACCUCCAGAGACCCCAGCAGGAUCAAAUACUAUUGAAACAAAAAAUCAAUAUACAACCCUUAGGGUCACUGAUUCUGAACAUGACGAUAUUCUAGCAAGACUGAAUACCCAACAGAUUCUAGAUGAAACUUCGAAUACAACCAAACACAGCAACAUACAGAUGGUUGGAAAAAGCAGUGGUCCAUCAAAUUCUAAUGAGUCAAGUCGUGACUCACAACGCAGUCAACCUAGAAUAGCUAUCCUCGGAGAUUCGAUGAUUAAACAUUUGGACACCAAACGAAUGCAGAAUGGAUUGAAGAAAGGAAAAGUAACGAUUAAGACAUUUCCUGGUGCAGGUAUUGACCAAAUGAAGCAUUAUGCAGUACCAACUCUAAUUACCAAGCCAAAGACACUUAUAUUUCAUGUUGGAACCAACGACUUACAUAACAAAACACCAGAAGAUCUAAUAAAUGCAAUGAAUGAUCUUGGUGAAACGAUCCAUAGACAGAACAACGAUCUGGAACUUAUAUGGUCGGAAAUAAUAACUCGAACUGAUGAUCCAAACUUAGCAGAAAAG